AUGCAGCCGGACGAGAUACAGAAGAGCAACAUUGCUGCCAUGCAUGUCGAGCGUCCGGACGUUCUGGCUAUCGAGCAUGAGGAAGAUGUGAACUACUCCGUCGGCGUGAGGACCAGUCUGGCCAUCAUAGCAUUGGCACUCGCCAACUGCUGUGCAACACUGUCGAACACCACCAACACCAUCAUCAAGUUCCAGGUCAUCGCGGUGGGCGGCGCCGCCGAAGCCAGCUGGAUCGCUAAUGGCAACUUCUUGCUGACGCUGGCUUGCGGACCCAUCUUCGGCUCUCUCGCAGACAGGCUCGGAAAGAAGUGGUUUAUCGUUGGCGGAGCGGCCGUAGGCGUUGCAGGUUCCUUUAUCAGCGCCUCGGGAAAGGACGUCUUUACCAUCAUCGCUGGCAACGUCCUUACCGGAAUCGCCAAUGCAGGCUGCAUAGUCGCGAUUCCAGCCAACCAGGAGAUUAUUCCAAACAGGUUCCGCCCGUACGCCUUCGGCUUCGCGCAGACGGUCAACAGUGCCGCCGCAGUCGCUGGUGUUUUUACGGCUGCAGCCUUUGCGCAAUACUCGACGUGGGCGUGGAGCUACCGUCUCAAUGGUAUUGUGUACGCUGUUUCCGCCUUGUCGGUGCUUGCGUUAUACCAGCCUCCGCCGACAGCAAUCCGGCGUUCAGCCUCGAUACGCGAAAUCCUACUCGGCGUUGACUAUAUCGGCAUGGUCUUGCUGGCUGGUUCGUUCGCAUGCAUUGUGCUUGGUCUCACCUGGGGCGGCACAGCAUACCCCUGGCGUUCGGGGAUCAUCAUUGGAACGCUCACGGGAGGCUGCGCAGGCUUGGUCAUCUUCGGUCUUUUCGAAUGGCUUGUCAAGCGUGAAGGAGCAUUGCUCGAUCGCCGCCUGUUCGGCAGCCCUAACUUUCCAAUUCUGUGUUUUGUCUGCUUGAUUGACGGCAUGUUACUGCUUGGCAUCAACGUGCUGUACGCCCAGGAGAUCGGUGAUCUCUUUGCCAGCCAGGCAGUCCGGAUCGCUGUUAUCCUAUCACCCUUCUUGAUCACAAGCACUGUUGGCUGUCUGCCAGCUGGAUACGCUAUGGGCCGCACGAAGUCGUAUAGGAUACUCCUCGUUGCAUCUCUGCUCUGGUGCAGUCUGUUCACAGGUCUUAUGGGCUUGAUUAACCCAUCUCGCCUUUCAGUCGCUCUCGCGAUGUCCGCCCUAUUCGGAAUCGGCACUGCCGUGACGACAGUUCUUCCGUUGGUCGCGCUUGGCCUUUCAGUGCCCUCCUUCCUCUUGGGGACUGCUGGCACGCUCAGUAUUUCCGCACGAGCACUUGGCGGUAUUGUUGGCGUCACAGUUUUCACUGCAAUCUAUAACAACAAGUACGCCGUCUACAUGCCUCGGGCGGUCAUUACCGCGCUUCAAAACCUACCGGACAGUCAGCAAAUCGUUCCAGCGGUGAUCGGAGCGCUGUCGUCCCCUCUCCCGCCACCGGUGGCUCUUCAAACAGUCCAGCAGUUGCCAGCAAGCAUGAUUGGCCCAGUUCUCGGAGCGAUCUCGGUGGCCUCAGCUAUGGCAUGGAAGUAUGUCUGGAUUGCCAUUGCAUGCGUGGUCCUUGCCGGCGCCUUCAGUAGCUGUUUCCUUAAGCCCGUAAAUGCGGAGAUGAACAGCCAUGUUGAAUCUGCUCUGGAGAAGAGUGUUACCCGUGAAAAGCAGCUUCACGGGAACGAGGCAACUCCGGACCAUUAG